AUGUUUUGGAAAGGAUAUAUAUUUGACGGGCAAUUCAUACUGUCUUGGCUGUUGGAACAGGGAACCGCACCAAGUGUCAUCCCGAACGGCUCUAAGUUGAUGGCUAUAACGCAUCCCAGUCUGGGCAUUCGUAUCAUAGACUCCUUUAAUUUCUUGCCCAUGGCCCUGUCCAAGCUACCUUCUUGCUUUGGAAUUGAAGAGCAGAAGAAAGGCUAUUUCCCCCAUUUCUUCAAUACCCGGGAAAAUCAGAAUUAUGUGGGCCCUCUUCCGGAGACGAAGUAUUACUCCCCAGACUCCAUGUCAACUGCAGCAAGAGACUCAUUCUUAAAAUGGCAUAAAGAGCAUGAAACGGACGAAUUUAACUUCCAAAAAGAGAUGCUCGCAUAUUGCAGGUCUGACGUGGAUAUUCUGCGCCAGUGCUGCAAUAUGUUCAGAAAAGAGUUCUUGGAAAUCGCGAAGGUGGAUCCAUUUUGUUAUGUUACCAUAGCUUCAUGUUGUAUGGCUAUUUAUAGAAGUAGUCAUAUACAACCAAACACGAUAGCGAUGGUACCAACAAAUGGCUAUCUGAACAGAACCAAAUAUAGCGCAGAUGCUAUACGGUUGUUUCUACCACGGCUGUGGUACCUGCUUUGA